AUGGAUCGACGUCGCGGCCCAUAUACCACAGAUGAUGAGGGUCGCGGUGUGAAACCCGGCGACGACGGGGCCGCAACUGAUGCGGAUGCCGAAGCCAGAAGAGCAGCGCGCCGCGCGCGCGCGCCGAGAAAGAACGCGAGGCCAAGGAUCGGGGCGCUGCCGACGCGCAACGAGCCAAGGAUGAGCUUCCGUGAAGAUGCCGAACGACGGGCCGCCGAAGAGGAUGAGGCCCGACGAGCCGAGCGGCGCCGACUCCGGCGGGAGCGGGAUGCUGCGGGGACGUCGGAAGAGGACGCGGAUCGGCGGCGGAAACGCGAGGCUCGACGUGUAGCUCGGGAAACCGAGGAUGCGCGUCCACGGGGUGGCCAUCGCCGCCCAGAGGCCUCCGCAGAUGAGGGCGGCGUAUACCGGCAAAGCAGCAAGAGGUUGUCCAAGAGUAGCCCCAAGCCGGCUUGGCCGCACUCGGGCACGUCUUCAUGGGUCAAGGAGCACUCGGAUGCGCCGCCGCCGCCUGGGGAUGAGCAGCAGGAUGGCUCACACCAGACAGAAGAUGAUGACCCGCGUCGUCGAUACCGACGUGGAGAAGACGGGGAAGAACAUCGCCGCAGAAGGGUCCGGCGUGAGGAGUCGGGCGGGGACAGACGUGGAGGGUCUGAUGGUAGCGACGAACGGAGGCAGAGCAACCGCAACUCGCUCUUCAUGGACACCACGCCAAGGAGCAGCUGGUGGAAGAAACUCACUGGUUCUUGA